AAGCAUGGAUGUAAGAAGUCCUACGAAUUAUUAUUUUGAUUCAUAGUAUAACUUGGACAAAAACAACCGCAAUGAAUUUAAUAAAUUUACCACCUGAAAUAUGGAUAACAGUGAUAAAUUAUUUAGAUACGAAAUCAAAACUAAAUUUAUACAAUACUAGUUUAAAAGUAAGGGGUUUCUUUGUACCUAUUAAUUUUAAAAAUAUUAGUUUAUCCCGAAGCACCCUAGCGACUAUUCGUAGUCUAAAGCUAGAUCUAUUUUUAGAUGUAGCUAAACAUGUUCAUGAGUUGAAUUUGAGUGGUGUUCCUGAUAUUACACCAGCGGCUCUUGAGCCCUGUAUGAAAAAUUUCAAAAAUCUUAUCACAUUGGAUGUUACAUUCACAAGCAUUUGCCUAUCUGACCUUGGGAAAAUAUGUCCGAAAACAUUAAGAAAUAUACAUAUAAAUUUUUUCAAGAGGCCAAAGACUUGUUAUGUCGAGUUUCGUGAAAAGUGGGACUGCGCUAAGCAAGUAUUUACUGAACAACAAUUUAUAAAUGUGCAUUUCAUAGUUUUUCAUUUUAUGAGCUCGUUUUUUCCACUGCUGUUUCUGAAUGAACUUCCCCGUAUAGAAUAUUUAAAAGUAGACGUUAUGGAUGCACAUAAAUAUUAUUUGGAAGGAGAAUAUUACCCAGAAAAAUUAACGAACAUUAACUUUUCGAGACUCCGAUACUCAUUUUACAAUUGUCAUGCCGCUCUUAAACAACAGUUACAAAUAGAUUUUGAGAAAGUAGAGUAUAUUUGUAUGACAUACUCCAAGAAGAUUGUGAUAUAUGUUUCCCCUAUAUUCAAACAUCUUUUCCCUAAUAAUUCGAUUUUAACAGUGAAAGUGAAAAAUAUUCUGCCAAGUAGCGUAAUACAAGAAAAUGCGAUUUUUCAUGCUUGGAAUAAAAGCACCACUACAUUUGAUGAGAAAUUAUUUAAAAGCAUUCUAGAAGACUAUAAAGACUGCUUCCCGAUGUACAUCUGCAUGCAUAAUAUAUUACGAAGAGAUAAAAUAAAUGUAUCUACAAACUGGUAUUGCUUAGAUGAAUCUAAUAGUUUUGAGAAGAUUGUGAAAUAUAAUGCAAAAAAAGUUACUUGUACUGAUAAAAUGACAAUUCCAACUCUCAUUAAAUUCGAUGAGUGGGAUAGAAUAAGAAAUAUAACUUUUCUAAGAAUAAGCAAUUUAUAUUUCGGAGAAGAUUCCAUUUUACUCCUAUUUAGCAAUUGCAAAAGAAUUGUUACAUUAGAUAUUUAUAAUUAUUAUAAUCCAACAAACAGUUCCCUUGAUUAUAUGACACCUUUAUCAAAGGCUAUGGAACACCUUUAA